AUUCAUCUGGUUCUCCAAGGAGCAGAUCCCGAAGCCAAGAAGGAAGCGUAAAGAGGAGAGGGCGGGAAUGGGGAAACCCCUCACUCUGGUUCAAACUGUUGCCACCGCAGGAGUCUUCUCCGCCAUUUCUUUCUGGUACGGUUUCAUGUUCGGAAGAGAAUCGGCCCGCAAAGAGCUAGGCAACUUGAUCGACGAACUCCGCCGCGGCGGCGAUUCCUCCUCCUCCGAUCCUCCUCAGCAUUCUUGAUCUUGCUGGAAACAUCGACGGUGACUAGGAUCGUCUCGCACAGAGCUUCGCUGGAUCGACUAUCUCCGCUGGCAGUGGUUCCUCCUCCGCAGCCCGCUUCAUUCUCCUCCACGUUCGGGAUUGGCAUCGAGUCGCAGCCCAAGGAGAUGUACUCAGGAUUCCUACGCCCUGAUCUGUCAGUGUAAACAAGGUCCGGGUCCUUGCUGAUCUCUUCAAGCACCCACGGAGGCAGGGGAAUGCUGCAAGAAUCCCCAACAUUUCCACCGCACUGAUGGAACGACAUGACCAUCUGAAUCUUCAGACCAUGGCGCUUCGCCAUCUCCACAAGCUCAGCAUAGCCUUCCCAGUUGUACCGUAGGGGUCCAUCUUUCUCCACCAACCCCCACCAGGCGUCCACCAUCACCCCUUCCACCCCUGCGCUCUUCAACGCCAUCAAGCUGGCGUUCAUGGCGCGGGGCUUGUGUAGUUUCCCCCCUUGUGUCACCGUGUCGAGCGGGAGCAUCACAAAUACAGGCACCUUGGAGCUGUUCCCGUCAUCGUGAGGACCUGAUAACGGGUGCAGCUUCUCCGCCCACUUUGCGCCUCUGCUCUCUUCCAGAAAGUAGUCCCUUGUUGCUAGGCUGUUGUGCUGCUCCAAGAGGUCUGCUGCUAGAGCCGGACCCUUGGCUGCUCUGGGGCUCAGGGUGGGCUUGAUCUGUGGAUAGCUGAUUGAGCCGAUGAUGUCGUCGGUUGCUUUUCUAGGGGAUUUGGGUUCCUUUAGGUUGAUCACAGAAGGAGUGUUCAGAGCCAUGUUUGCUUCUUCUUCUUCUUUCUUUUUU